GCCAGCAACUUUUAUCCGCCCCCUCGACAGUCAGGAAGUUGAGUGACACACGACACUUAUGUCAGGUGGCUUUGACGUGAACGUGUGAUUGAGCUGAAAUCUAACGUUAGCUACAACAACCAGAUCUACUUCCUGAGUUGGACGUUCUCGUGUUGGAAAAUGAAAAGCGAUUACUGGAGUUAUUAAAUUGUUCGCAAACUUAAAUACGGAAACGCCGGGACUAUAUUUGGGUUGCUGACGGUCACAUUAAAAGACAAAACUUUUACAGACUAAUUACAGAGCAGAUGUUGAACUCGGCUGAAAUUGUUAUUGAUCUUAAUGAAUCGAUGUGCUGAUAACUUAGCAAGAGUAAAGUCCUAUUGGGGAAAAUGAGAUUUAAAAUACACAAGAGAAAUGCUUUCGUUGUGUCACUGACCGCAUUCCUGACACUCAGUCUAGUUUACAUAAUGCGUAAGAAUGAUUCGUCCAAUGUAAACAGAGGUAACUUGAAUAAAGACUCAGGUAGAGAUAGUGGCCCUCUACCGUAUGUAAGCACGCGGAUGUCACCCAUGAAUACGUUUCAGUUUGACACCGUGCCCAAUAUGAAAAAGUCGGUUUACGAAAGUAAUUUCAAACAGUUCAUUCAGAAUGCUGACCAGUUCCCUGCGGAUUUCCAGCUUGUUUUAGUGGUGCAGGUUCAUAACAGACCCGCCUACCUCAAAAUGUUGGUGGAUUCGCUGAGCAAAGUUUCAGACGUCCACGAUCUCCUUGUAAUUUUCAGUCACGAUUAUUUUUCAGAGGAAAUACACAGUAUAAUACAAGGGAUACGAUUCUGCAAGGUUUUGCAAAUCUAUUUCCCCUUCAGCACUCAGCUCUAUCCAAACCAGUUUCCAGGACAGGACCCGCAGGAUUGCCCAAGAGAUAUUUCCAAGGAGGAGGCUUUGAGAAAAGGCUGUCUCAAUGCUGAGUGUCCAGAUUCAUAUGGCCAUUACAGAGAGGCUUCCUUCACACAGACCAAGCACCAUUGGUGGUGGAAGCUGCACUUUGUUUGGGAGCGGGUGCGAGUUUUGCAGGGAUACAGUGGCUAUAUCGUUUUCAUGGAAGAGGACAACUACCUUUUACCGGAUUUUUACCACUGCCUGAAAGGAAUGGCAGAGCUGAAGAAGCAGGACUGUCCUGACUGUGACAUCCUGGUUUUGGGGAGCCAUGAUGCUCCAGGGCAGUUUGAGGAGCACAGCAACAAGAUGGAGACAACAGGGUGGCUGUCCACCAGGCAUAACAUUGGGAUGGCCUUCACCAAGGAGACUUACUACAAACUGAUGGGCUGUAACACGGAGUUCUGCUCCUACGAUGAUUACAACUGGGACUGGACCAUCCAACACCUGUCGGGCACUUGCAUCUCCAAACCGCUGAAGGUGCUCGCGGUGCAGGCAGCCAGGGUCUUGCACACGGGGAAUUGCGGGCUGCAUCAGAAGGAGGCGUGCCAGCCCGACGUGGCUCUGCAGAGAGUGGAGGAUGUGCUGCGGUCCGCCAGACAGUCCCUCUUUCCCCAAAAGCUCGUCCUCAGUCGGCAGGAAGCGGCAGAGCACAAGGCGCACGUGAAAAAUGGAGGCUGGGGGGACAUCCGUGACCACGCGCUGUGCAAAAACUACGGCAAAAUCCUGUGAAUUCCUCCUUCAGUGGAAAAGGGCCAUUACUGUAUCAGGGUUUAAGAUGUUGAUCUUGGGUCUGGUUGCAGCCAAAGGUUUCUCACAUUCCUAGAUUGACUAGAACAGAGUAUCAGGUAACUGGUUUACCUCAAGACCCAGCCUUGAAACUGGUACCUCAGGACAGACCAGCUGACUGUACCCAGCAAUGACCUUUGACUUUCAUAGCUUUUUGAAAAUGAACAAAAGAGCAAAAAUGUGAAUCUGUUUUAGCAACAGAUUCUGCUAUGAGGUUGUCUGCAAUGAGGGAUCUGCAAUGUUGGCACAUUUAAUACAAUCAUUUUAUGAUUUAAACAUUAUAAAACCCAAUAUUGUGCAACUUAUCACCAAAGAAGCGUCUCUAUUUGUCAUUGACAGAUAUCUGACUUUGCAGAAUUGUUGUUUUGUAGGCAUUGUGUAUUUUUGUGAAUCAAGCAGUGAUACUUUUGAUUGUAACUUUUGCAACAGCUGCUGGUUAGCCUACAGAGGUUGCAAAUGUCCUCUGAGCAUCAAAAACUAACUUUAAAUGCAUAACCAGACUGUAGCCUAAUGAUCUGAUGAAGACAAAUCAUGACAAGCUUUUGACUUACUUACUGGAUCUGAAUGAAAGACUGUUCUGUCACAUGCUGGUGUAUCACAGUAUUACUGGCCUGUGAUGUGUACUUUCAUUGUAAUUGCCAGAGCAAGGCCUCAUCAAUAAUCAUAUCUGUCACUGUUCUUCUAACAGAACAGUUGUAAAAGAUUGUCAAUCAAUGCAUCCUGUGUGAAAUAAUUUACGCAGGAUCAGGAUUCAAGCUUCAUGUAUACAGUAAUUCUGACUCCUCACACUUGAAGACAAUCUUCCUCCAUAUGGACAACAUGGGCUUGUAUAGUAAGUAGUUACAAAUGGAUAAAUGCAGCAUUAGAAAAGAGUAGUUUUUGAUAAGGCAAUACUGAGUGAAAUUUUAAUGUGAAUGCAUGUGUGUGUAUUCUUGCUGAAAAAAUCUUGUUUUGCCUAGUCAAAGUUAUGCAUAUGUAUCCACAAACCAUGAUGAUUUUUUUUAAAGGAAUUGUAAUACAUAGACUUUGAUUCACCUGGAAAAGUCAUGAAUGAAUUCACAUGGUCUAUAUUACAAUGAAGUACAAGGAAAAAGUAGCACUUACGCAAAGUUUAUCUGCUACCAAAGGCUCUGCGUUCUUGUGUGGUCUGAACCGACUCCUGGUUCUCCACCCUUUUUAUUGCAAUAUUCUCUUGGAUAGAUGUGAACAUUUUCAUGUCUUCAACGUUGACUUGUGAGUUGAGAGGAAAAGCCAAAGAAUAGCCAGCAUAUGUGCUUCUUUCUCAACUGUGCCAAAGUCUUUCAGUUUUUUUAUUUCUUCUCUGAUCUCUUGAAGCCUUAAAGUUUGGAGAGGUUUCUCCUAAAGCUUAAUGCUCUUACAUUUCAAGUUUUGAGCAG